GGCUCCGACGCAACGCGUACCAGCAACCACUCGCAACUCCUCCAAGCCCAAGCCACCAUACAAACAACGCCGCUCAAGCUUACCAUUAACCUCCCCGAGCUACUACUACAGCUGAGGAGCCCAUCUGCACAUAUACUGCUGCCGCCAUCAUGUCUGGAAGCGCCGGCUACGACAGACAUAUCACCAUCUUCUCCGACCAAGGCCGGCUAUACCAAGUCGAAUAUGCCUUCAAAGCAAUCACAGCAGCCAACAUCACAUCGGUGGGAGUGCGCGGCAAGGACUGUGCGGUAGUCAUUUCACAAAAGAAGGUUCCGGACAAACUCAUCGACCCCUCCUCCGUGUCUUAUAUCUACAAGCUCUCGCCAUCUGUGGGAUGCGUGAUGACGGGAUCAAUCGCAGACGCAAGGGCCUCGGUUGAUCGUGCACGUGGUGAAGCUGCGGAAUUCCGAUACAAGUAUGGUUACGAAAUGCCCUGCGAUGUUCUGGCAAAGCGGAUAGCCAACAUCAGCCAAGUAUAUACGCAACGGGCUUACAUGCGACCGUUGGGCGUUGCUACCACCCUCAUCUCUGUUGACUCCGAGUUUGGUCCCCAAUUGUACAAGUGCGAUCCGGCCGGAUACUACACGGGCUACAAGGCAACAGCAUCAGGACCGAAGACGCAGGAAGCGCUCAACUUCUUGGAGAAGAAACUGAAGAAUAAGGACUACGCCGAGGGUACAUGGGAGGACGUUGUUGAGCUAGGUAUCACGACUCUGAGCACGGUGCUGGCAGUCGACUUCAAGAAGGGGGAGCUGGAGGUGGGUAUUGUUGGGGGACCUCGAACGGACGGCCAGGAGGGUACGGACACGGAAUUCCGUGCUCUGACGGAAGACGAAAUCGACGAACGAUUGCAGGCGAUUGCGGAUAAGGACUGAGGGUAGGCGAGCCAGGUGCCCGUCCGGAAACGUGACGGGGAACCGAAGCAAGAGUGGAGUGGAUGGUCGUCGCCGAAGCGCAAGAGUCGAACGGUCCUCGCCUAAUGCGCUGCUAUAUCAAGUACUAGGCUCUAUCCUCCUGCGUCAAUGCACCCAGUCUCGGGCACAAGGAGGGUCGGCAUCUGCCCUGGUAGCGAGCGGUCAGCCGCAGGCACCUUCCGUGGUUCGUAUGUAUGUACCAGUAGACGAUGCUCAUGAAUGACAGCCCGUUUCCCUCGCCAGCUGUACUGCUCCAAACGCUCGGACGAACACCUCCGCUCAGCAGUGUGAGUGGCGGGCCUGACACCCAGCCGUUAACUGUGGCUGACGGUGAUGUGGCGGAACGGGUGGUGAGAAUGAUAGGAGGCCCACAUUCAUCUCACCACGCCCAAACCUUUCUUUCAGCAGCAUCAGGCUCAG